CGCCGCGCGCCGCGCCCCCUGUCAGAGGCAGCCAUUGUUCCGCGGGUCGUGCCGGUCGCGCCGGUCGCGCCGGUCGCCCUGGGUCUGGGUUGCUCCUGUCCGGUCUCCAAGUCCUGCUCCCUCCUUAAAGCUGGGAGGGCGCCGGUCCCUGGUCCUGAACACUGCAGGGUUCUCGGGUGCAGGCCACCAUGAGCAAGCGGAAGGCGCCGCAGGAGACUCUCAACGGGGGAAUCACUGACAUGCUCACGGAACUCGCAAACUUUGAGAAGAACGUGAGCCAGGCUAUCCACAAAUACAAUGCUUACAGACAGACUAGCCAACCUGGAGUGGGAACAAAAAUUGCUGAAAAGAUUGAUGAGUUUUUAGCAACUGGAAAAUUACGUAAACUGGAAAAGAUUCGACAGGAUGAUACGAGUUCAUCCAUCAAUUUCCUGACUCGAGUUAGUGGCAUUGGAUGCUGGAUUGGUCAAAGCCCCAUCCAAGCUUUAUUUAUCUUCUAUACAGAUCUCAGAAAAAAUGAAGAUAAAUUGAAUCAUCAUCAGCGAAUUGGUCUGAGGUAUUUUGAAGACUUUGAGAAAAGAAUCCCUCGUGAAGAGAUGUUACAAAUGCAAGAUAUUGUACUAAAUGAAGUUAAAAAAGUGGAUUCUGAAUACAUUGCUACGGUCUGUGGCAGUUUCAGAAGAGGUGCAGAGUCCAGUGGCGACAUGGAUGUUCUUCUGACCCAUCCAAGCUUUACUUCGGAAUCAACCAAACAACCAAAGCUGUUACAUCGUGUUGUGGAACAGUUACAGAAGGUCCAUUUUAUUACAGAUACUUUGUCAAAGGGUGAAACAAAGUUCAUGGGUGUUUGCCAGCUUCCCAGUAAAAAUGAGGAAAAGGAGUAUCCGCACAGAAGAAUCGAUAUCAGGUUGAUACCCAAAGAUCAGUAUUACUGUGGUGUUCUCUAUUUUACUGGGAGUGAUAUUUUCAAUAAGAACAUGAGAGCUCAUGCCCUAGAAAAGGGCUUCACAAUCAAUGAAUACACCAUCCGUCCCUUGGGAGUCACUGGAGUUGCUGGAGAGGCCCUGCCGGUGGACAGUGAGAAGGACGUCUUUGAGUACAUCCAGUGGAAAUACCGAGAGCCCAAGGACCGAAGUGAAUGAGGCCUGCCCGCCCUCCCACGCUGCCCACUGGGGGUCUUAAUUUAUUUCCUAACCUUUGCUGCGUAAGGGUCUUGGGUGUUUUUAAAUGAUUGUUUCUUCUUCAUGCCUUAGCCUGCUUUGUAGUCAAUAAAACCUC